ACUUUGACAGCCAACUAUGGUUAUAUCGGCCUGUACUCAAUUUUAACCUCACUUAUGCAUGUUUUGUAUUUUUCAAACUUUGAAUACUGAUAAGUAAAUAAGGUCUAUUUGAAACUUUAAAAGAUGAACUUAGCCCAAAUAGUACUAAGAAAAUGUUCAAACAGUCCGAAAUCACUGCUCUUCGGCCCUACAUCAGUGUUGUGCUCAAAAUAUUCCCAGAAAAGCCCUGAAAAAGGGGCCUCAGAUAGUAGUAGCGACAGCAGCAGCUCAGAAAGCGACGACGAAAAUCAAAAACCGAACCAAUCAGAUGCUUCUGCUCGCCUAAACACUUUACUGCAACAGAUGCUGCAAGAUGACACAACUAAGAGCAAAAACACCCUUAAACUGGCCCGACCUGUUGACCAGAGGGCCCUAAAGCAAAAAGAAAAGACCGCGACUGAGGAACCCUUUGAGAAGCAAAUCGUAACUGCCGUUGGUGAGGUGGCUGAGACCUUGGGAGGGAAUAAAUUACAAACCGAAUCUGAAUUACUUACUAAACUCUUAAAUCCUACAGAAAGUAGUAAUAUGAAUGUAAAAAGUUUAAGUGAUGUUUUAAAAGGCAUGAAAAUCGAGAGGGAAGACAAACCGGGACCAUCGCGAGCAGAACAGGUCAGGUCCGUACUACAGAAAUUCAGACCGAGCCAGCAGGGGCAAGAAAGGUCUAGAGGGAGGCCCAGGCCUAAGCAACUGAACAUCUCUAGUCAGGGCUUAACGGGUGAAAAGGUUGACCUCUGGAAUGGGGAAUCUCUAGGCAUUUUCACAAACGUUUCCGAACUUAAAGACAGUCCACAAAACGAAACUUGGCAAAAAUUGUAUCAAAAAGAUCUAAAACUAGCCGUGACCCAUCCGCCCUCCAAUUAUUUCCAAGAGAUGAUUUUGUGGACCGAACAAGGAAAACUGUGGCAAUUUCCCAUCAAUAACGAGUUUGGCUUAGAAGAGGAAAGUCAGGUCUAUUUUGCAGAACACGUGUUCCUCGAGGAGCAUCUUGAGCCGUGGUGCCCCCCGAGGGGCCCCAUACGGCGUUUCAUGGAGUUGGUCUGCGUGGGUUUGUCCAAAAAUAGCUAUUUAACUGUGACGGCCAAGAAAGAGCAUAUUGAGUGGUACAAGAACUAUUUCGAAGAUAAGAAGAAGAUUUUGCAAGAAGUCGGGGCUUUACAAGUGGACGGGGAAAAAAAGAGUAUUGCUAAGGAUUGAUUAGAUUGUUAUGACUUAUUUUCUGUAAUAAAUUCAGUUUAGUAUUUUA